AGUCCGCUAAACUUCAGCGCGCGCGGACAGCCGUGAGCUGGCGGAGGGCUCGCGAGGGUUCGAGAACAGAUGCGAACCACAGCUGUCUGCACAGGCAGACUCGGAGUGGACAGUGCACUGAACGGCGCGCUCUCACGCGCCAGUUUGCUCUCGUUCACCGCUCGACUCGUUCGUUUGUUCUGAGGACGGUGGGCGAGCAGUGGACGCGCGUGCUCCCCGUGCUAUGUCCCGCUCUCGCGCUCGGCCAGCCGGAGGCAGGGCAGCAUGGAGCUGAAUGCGCGCGAGCCGCGGCCGCCCGAGCCCAAGACGGACGGGCUGGCGGUGAACUGCGACGGGCUCGCGAGCCGCAACGGCGAGCCCGCGGAGAUCACCGUGUCGCUCUCGCACCCGGGCAAGCGCGUGAGCCCCAUCGAGGGCAGCAACCUGUACCGCCUGCGCGACAGAAAGUUUCUGCUGGAGGACAAGCGGCGGCUGUGCGCGUGGGCGCUGGGCGCGGCAAUGUUGGGCAUCCUGCUGAUGAUCGCGCACGCGGAGCUCUGCCCAGCGGUGUACCAGCCGGGUUCCAUCUACGCCCUCUCCAUAAACGGCCUCAUCAGUGUCUCCACCGGCUGUCUGCUCAUCCUCAUCAUCGCCUUCCAUUAUAAAGACAUCCGGCUCUUCAUCAUAGACCACAACCAGGUGGACUGGCGCAUCGCCAUGACAACCAACCGGGUACUUGGCAUCUCUCUGGAACUGCUGGUCUGCGCCAUCCACCCAGUAGCCUCGUACCUGGGGCCCGAUGUUGGGGUGCCAUCGCCCGUCCUCACAUGGAACUCCUCCGUCCCACCCAUCUGCCUAUGCCAGAGCCAGAGGCAUACAUGGAUGGAAGUGGAGCUUCUACUAUCGGGCCUGAUGUUCCUGCGCUUGUACCUUGUGCAUAGAGCCAUCCUCCUUCACAGCAAAGUCCUUCUCAGCGCCUCCUACAGGAGCAUCGGCUCUCUCAACAACAUCAACUUCACGUUCCGCUUUGUGCUCAAGGUGCUCAUGAACAAGUACCCAGCGCGCACCCUGCUGGUCUUCAUCAUGUUCUUCUGGCUCUCUGCUGCUUGGAUGCUAAGGCUGUGCGAGAGGCAGGAAGAAGUGAACACAGGAGACAUGGGCACAGCACUUUGGCUCAUCGCCAUCACCUUCCUCACUGUGGGCUACGGAGAUGUGGCCCCCCAAACCAGCUGUGGCAAAGUGGUCUGCCUCUUUACAGGCGUCAUGGGUGUGGCAUGCACUGCUAUGUUGGUCGCAGUUGUGACGAAGAAGCUAGCGCUAAACAAAGGAGAGAAGCAUGUGCACUUCUUCAUGAUGGACAUCCAGAUUUCCAAAGAGAUCCGUAACGCUGCUGCUAACGUGCUGAGAGAAUGCUGGCUGCUCCACCGGACCACCCAGGCCAAGAAUAACAAUGGUGAGCACCGGCACCACCAAAGAUGCCUGCUGGAAGCCAUCCGUGUAUUUCGCCACCUGCGGCUGAAGCAGAGGAAGCUGAGAGACUACACCAGUGAGAUGGUGGACCUCUCCAAGAUGCAGAUGAUCAUGUGUGACCUGAGUGCAAACUGGAACAAUUCUUAUCGCGAGCUGGAGCAGCGGAUCAUCUCCAUGGAGCAGAAGCUAGAUGAGCUGGGCCAGUCUUUUCAGAGCACCUCUCAGCUGCUGAGCCAGGCCCUGCAUCGCCGCCGUCUUGACCACAGGUGACCUGGGGCAAAUUUCUCCUCUGAGACGCCACAGCGGAGGCCGCUGUCCUCUCUGUGUCCUUCGCUGAUUAAAACUGCACAAGCCACUUACAGCGCGGUGUAAAUGGAGGACUUCCAUGAUACGUGCACAUAAUUUUUUCCACGGACCUCAAGCUGCAUUGACUUUCUGUGAAAAAGAAAGAAUAUCCCUAUAUCACACCGGGGUAUGGGACAAUGGGAUAAGGACGACUCAAAUGUAUUUAUGACAAUAUUUAUGUUUAUCUCUUCUCUGCGACACUGAAAAAAAGAAAAUAGAGAGCGGCUUCGGUGUUGGUUUGCUUUAAAGGUAUGAAAUCCUCUUAGGAGGAUCGUGAAACUGUUAGGAUGCAAUUUCCACUAUUGCUUUGAAUGCUGAUUUCCCUAAUGUUAUUUUGAACGCUGUCUAGCCGGUCCAUGACUUAAAACGAAACUGUCCAUUUUAGCGGCGAUGCAAUCGACCCAGGCUGAUGUAUGUUAAUAAUGGUGUACUGCUCCCUCUGAUAAAUAACUAUUGCCCUGA